AAUGCCGACACGUUUUGGGAAAUUGGACGGUUCAAUAAAGCCCACAGCGGCAUCCACAGCAAAGCCAGCGAAACUGAAGCAAGAGCCUCCGGUCUUCGUUGGAGCAAGAAUUGAUUUGUGUGCUUCUUGCAAACAUUUCUUCCAGGGAUGGUGUGACAAGUCAGGACAGUUCUACUGCGAGAGGUGUUGGAAUGAGUACGAUGCAAGUCACCAGGAAGAUGGUGAGGUCUACGCUGGCAAGGUUUGGCAUGAUGAAAUCCUUGAGGAAGAUGUUGUUUCUGCAGAAGGUGAUUCCGAUGAUGGCAAGUUGGAGGAGGUUGCUCGAAAAGCCCUGGAGCUAAAAAAGCACCACACAAGUGGGUCCAAAGAUGAUUUGCUUGACAGCUCUGAGAGCAGUGACAUCGACAGCGAGGGUGACACAGUGGCUCCACUCCAGGCCUUUGGGACCAAGAAAGCGCCCAACUUAUUCAAGAAGACGUCUCCAGAACUAACGCAAGCCCACAUCAUUGUUUUGGUCGACACAUCUGGUUCAAUGAGAAAUGUGGACGCGCAAUCUGAAGAUGGUGCCACUUGGGUGUCGCGCAUGUCUGCAGUUGGAGUGUCGCUGUCAGCUUUUUUUUCAGAAGCAGUGCCAAUUGGCUUCCCCACACAAGUUUUCUUUGAUAUCCUUCAAUGAACAAAGUCGCACCCACUUCAUUGGAUGGCCUGCAGCAAAAGCUUUCAAUCAGUUCAGACACAAGCGGUCCCCUGGCUUUGUUGCGGCUUAUGGCACGCACUUUCUUGAAUCCCUUACAACUACAAGGCGUAUUCUGAAAGACCGCAAGGAUUUGCCUGCCUCAACCCACCUCCUGAUAUUUAGUGAUGGGCGCCCUGCCGACGGUGUCCAGAUGCUCAAGACAGUGCAGGCAAUGCUCGAGGAGCACCCAGGCCUGCGAGUGCAUGCAAUAGGCUUUGGAGAUGGCCUUGAAUUCGAGUGGCUACAGCAGCUCACAUCCAUCGGAAAAGGUUCAUUUGCCCCGUCCGGGCGAUCAAUUGCGGGGCUGCACCAUGCUUUCACCUCUGUGACGUCAACAAUCACGCAGAUGCAAACAGUUACUAGCCAAUCAAGUAAGGCCAGCUCAUUUUCCUUUGCCCAAGUUCCCUCCGGUCAAGAGAAUUCGGCCCAGAAGACGGCUGGCAGCUUGACUGCCCGGUGUGUCACCUUUGAGCCCCCGAACCAAUUUGCUUGGGGGACAGAUCGCUCUACGAGCUUUACCAGUUCCCGGACAUGGUUCCACUUCAAUGGCAAGCACUUCAAGCACUACCACCAUCAAAUUGCUGGGAAACCAGUGUCUAUCAGAGUGCAACCCUUCAUGCAAGGUGGCAUGCGUCUUGUCUACUGUUUCCACGACCCUUCGAUGUCAUUGCAUUUUGAUCAAUUUGCAAAUUCAGGAGCACGCAUGGUUGCAAAGACAUCAAGGUAUGUGAAUGAUUCACACAAUUCCUUCGAAGUUGCUUCUGCCCACGCAAAGUGCAGCGCAGUGGCAAAGUACUACUCACACGUGUUUGAUCAUGCUGCUAGGUAUUGUUUGGGCCGCUGGCUUGGCCAGAGCAUUGCAAAGAUCAUAUUCUUGAGAUGUUACGUUUACAAGGCAGAGGACUCGACUGCACCAGCCCCCUUCAUGGUUGGAGAGCGCUAUUUACCUGGGACGUUCCUCAAAUACAAUUCCAACUGUGGGUUCGUGAAUAUGGAUGCUCCUGACUCUGAAAUCGCACAGGCGUUCUCACACUUUACAUUCAUAUUAAGCGGUGGCCAGCAAAUGGUGUUGGACUUGCAGGGUGUCUACCUGGAUAGGUCGCAAAGAUUUCGACCGCACUUGAUUCUGACAGAUCCUCAGGUGGUGUCAAUGGACAAGUCCUUUGGGCCGGGUGAUUUAGGUGAGAAGGGCAUGCAGGCGUUUUUUCAGACCCACAAAUGUGGUGCAACCUGCAGGAAGAUGGGUAUCAAUGGCUAUGGAUGGAAGAGGAUGCGCAAAGCAGCGCCAAAGGCGACUGGGUCAGAAAGUUCAGCUCAAGCCACCAGCGCCCCGCCAACAACUCCCGACCCCCCAAGCCAAGCUGCGUGCGACGCAUGCAGCGAAGUGCCGCUUCGGAAGACCGAGGCAUUUACACCUCCCGAGGCGUCUACGCAGCGUGUAGAGCCGAUUCCAAAAGCGCCAGCUCCUGCACUUUCAGACUCAGCUGUGGAAGCGCCCUUGGUGAACCGGCCUCAAGCUGUAUUUGGUGCCAAGGCCGAUGGACCAUUGUCAGCAUUAAUGGCUCGUUCUCCAGCUGGCCCAGGAAAACCAGAUUUUGAUUCAUUGCUGCAAGGUAGGAGACUUGACACUCGACAGUCGAGCGGUAUGAGGCUGAGGGCACUUGCAGCAAAGGAAGGUUCCAAGCCGGCUGGCAAAAUGGGCACUGAGCCUCCUACAGAAUCCGGUACUUUCGAUGCCUGGUGUGAAACCAGACUAAAUGCUGCCCAGACAACAAGCGCUACGAGUCAACCACUGAUCAGUGGUAAAGAUGAACUGAUAGGUGGAAACGGCGGUCGAAUCAGUGUUCAAAGUAUUGCAAGUCCCGCAAGAGGGAUGUUUCCCAGUGUGCACCUCUCUGGCGCUGCAGAAGAUUCCAUGCACUCAAGCCAGGUAUCUACCGGGACCGGCUCAGCCAGAUUGGCGCUACCUACGCAAGCACGCUCAUCUGGUGAGAAGGCAGACAGUCCACAGACGGCCAUCGUGUAUGGUCCUGGUGGGUCUAAAUUCUCUGUGACUGCUUCAUGCCGAGCCAUUGUUAUUGAAGCAAUCCAAUCUCACUUCUCCAUUCCGGAAGAAGAGCAACACUUGCUUCAAGAAUCCUCUGCACAGCCCGAUGUGGACUUCUACCGCGUGGAGCGCAAGAUGGAUCCUCGGAAGUUGCGCUUCACACAGGAGUCCAUCAGCUCAAAUUUUCGCGAUGGAAGGCCAAUCUACCAACUUCUGAAUGAUCUUAAUCAGCAGAUGAUUGACCCACUGAGAGAGCUAGAGCCGCUGGAGGUCGUAUGGCACAAUGGCUUUUGGCGAUCUUUGUCCAACAGGAGGCUUUGGGCACUGAAGCACUGCACGCUUGCCAUGACUGGCCAGCCACUCUUCGUCCGGGUCCGUGUCAGGCCACCAGAUGCUCAGUUCAAAGCAAAAUCGACUACAACCAACGACGGAGUCUCCAUUUUGAUUGCUCCGCGUUCGCGGUCGACUUCGCCCGCUUUUAACAAAUAAACGAGUGCAUUGCUGAAUGGAAG